AUGGCAAUCAGCAGGAACCCCAAGGAUCCACAGGCCCAGCAGGACUACCUCUUCAUCCAACAUGAGACACCGCGAUCCCACAAUGUCAGCCUGAGCACAGUGGCCGGGCAGGCCCGACGCUGGACCACGAACCGCAAGAACCAGAAGCAGCGCCUCUCGGCGGAGCAGGGUGCGUCGUACGCGCGGAGUCUGGUGGGCUGGCAAGACCCCACGAAGGUUGCUCCAAAGCCGGCCGAUCCGCCAGAAUUCGAACGCCGGGCACGCUUGCAGCUUUGUAGAUUGCAGGACGUGGGAGGUGGACUGCGAAACGAUCCUUUCAACUCCUUGCCGAUCGAGCAAUCCCAGCCUGUGAUGGGCGUGACUGACUACUUCAUCCACACGUGGGCGGAGCUCAAAGCGACCAACAUCGACACUCUGCUGGGAUUCAACACCUACCUGGAGAUCUACUGGCCCUUGGCUCUGCAAGAUGGGCUCCUCAUGAGCGCCCUCCUCGGCGUUGCCGGCGCCGCGCAGUGUCUAGCUCAAGGGCAGCAGCCGAUGCAAGACCCUGUCGUGCUACUGCACGGCUCCAAGGCUCUGCACCAGCUCCGUGAGCGGCUAGCGGCUGGACAGAUCAAUGAGACCGUCAUCUUCACCAUGGAUUGGCUGAUCAAUAUUGCGUACAUGGCAAGGGAUAACAUGGCUUUCAAUAUACACUGGGCUGCGUUCCGGCCGGCUGCAACGAGAUUCAUCGAGGGGCGUAACGGCACCCUGACGACCGUCGUGCAGCACCGUCUGAGGAGCUGGGAGUCGCUUCAUGAUUACCGAAGGCGAGUUGACGCAUUCAAGCCCACGUCCGAUGCUCCGUUGACUAACACCGACGGCACGGCGCCUUUCAUGUCACUCCCCGUCGGUUUUCGCGAUCUCGCAAGCCAGGGCAAGCUCUCCUUGGAGACAGCCGAGAUUCUACUUCUGGUCAGUCUCGCGGUAAGCACUUCCACGCCACUCCAGGACGGCAUCCGCUGCCGGGUCAUGGGACUCAUCAUGCGUCGAAAAAUGCUGGACUUCGAGGCGCAUAUCUGUUUAGCCCUCCUGGCCCUGUCACAUCAGCUGGAAGGCAGCCUGGGCGAGGUGCCGGAGGUGCUAGAUCAGGUCGCGCAGGCGUUCAUCAAUCGACACCUGCGCUGGGAGUCGGAGCUGGAAAGGCGGUGCUUGAUCUGGUGUUCGCUUGUGCUUGGCAACGCGCUGUUCAUUCCCGACAGCUCUUCAUCGCCGCGCGAUGACCUCCGCAUUCAGCGGUUGAGGACAAAGGGCCACAUUAUACUGGUUGAGGUGCAGCAAGAGCUUGUUGUGAACCGUGAACCUACCUGGGUUGCCAUUGAAAGUCAGGGGCUUGAGGAUUUUGUGCUCAACCCGAACUUAUUGCAGCAGUGGCGGCGGGUUUAUGAGGCGACUAUGGCGAGGCAGCAGACCUGGAGUGAUCAAGGUUUGCUUGCGGUUGGAAAGCCUCUGGCGGUUGAUAUGGGGGAGGGACCGGGGGUGUGCGUGGAAUACCUGGUGCUGAGGGACGGGAGAGGGAGUUUGCCGAGAAUCGAAGUCGCCGAUUAA